GUUAUCGGUCUAAAAUCGCUACAAAACGUAAACAUCUGUUUUUUUCGCUUUUAAUGAAUUUAAGAAAAACUCCAGGAAAAUGGAGCGCAAGGAAGUGGACACCCAGCAGUUCAUCGACCAUACGCUGCUGGCGAACCACUUCAUCAUGGAUCUGAUAGAUCAGACCUACAAAUCCGAAGGUCCCACGAAUCUGAGCACGAAUCCCAGUUCCGGCAACUCCGAGAGCGGAGUGGGUUACGUGGAAAAGGAAUCGCUGACGCCGGAGCUGAAUUUCCACAACACCAUCUUCCAGUUUGUGAACAAAUCAUCGCCGGAAAAUGAUGUUGUACCCCACCAGGCGGAUGCGCAGCCCACAUUUCCAGCCCUGGCCAUUGAGCCCACGGUGCCCAUCGACGUGUCCACGGGUCUCCACGAGGACGAGGAUCUCCUCUAUGCGCACAACAACGCCUCCUGCACGAACGCCCGCAAGGUGCUGCCCCACAAGAAACGCAUUUCGCGGAAGCUCAAGGGCAACAUAGACCCCGAUCUGGACCACCAGCACAAGCAUGUCCAGGAUGUGACCCCCUCUUCCCUGUAUAGCUGUGAAAUAUGCGGCUACGCUGUGCACACCCAAUUGGACUUCUUUGCCCAUCUGAAGCAGCACUACGAGCCCACCGUUCUGGAGCAGCGCCUGGUCGUCCAGGAUCCCCAGCAACAGCACCAGCAAAAGGAACCCCUCGACAUGUGUGGCUUGUCUGCGCAGGAUAAGCUGCAACAGGAGCAGGCCAAAUUGGAUCAGGUUUUUCAGGACGUGCAGCUUAAUUUUGAGAACUUUCACAACAUCAGUCACCAUGUGAAUGAUGUUGCCAACGUCGGAGUGAAUAUGGUGCUGCAUGGACAGCCCACGGACAAAUUAAAUACCGUUGUCGUUAACACCAGCAGCACUCCGAAUUCUGUGCCCGUGGUGGACGACGUGGAGUUCAGCGAUACGGAAGACAUGCUCGAGGGUAUCCGCAAUGUGGUGCUCAAGGUUUCAAUAGAAGACACCUGCGAUGAACUGGUGGAUCUUGAAUUGACCUCCAGCGGAAUGACGGCGCCUUGGUUUAACAACAACUUCAGGGACAUCACAUUUCCGGCUCUUCUGAUGCCAGGAGAGCCGCCACCAGCUUCUUCAGAGCCAGCUACUCCACUGCUUAAAGAGAAUCCCCAUGUAAGCGACCACAUGGCACUCGAUUUUCUUAGUCCCGAGAAGGCGGACCCUCAAGAGGAACCAAAACUGGAAAAAUCUCUGUCUAAAGCCUGCGAGCCGAAUGAGCAAACCUUGUUAGUUGCACCACCUGCCUGCCAAACACCACCGAUUCCCUCUGUUCCACCAGCCAACUCCUCCAUCGAGCAGCUGCGCAGAUCUCCCCUAGAACUAAGUGAAGCCUUCAAGUUGGAAGAGGACGACAUGACCGAUAGCCGACCAGCUUCGUCGUUUGAGAAAGGAGAUGCCGAUGCUGAAGAGCCAAAUGAAAGUUUUCAGAUGGAGGUUUUGGAUACGAGUUUAUCCGAGGAGGCAGAGAACAAGACAAGGAGGAAACAUUUCUGCGACAAGUGCAACCGCGAUUUCAACUCGUACAAUGCCCUCAAGUACCAUCAGUACACGCACAAUCAGCAGAGAUCUCACAAAUGCGAGAGCUGCGAGAGAUCCUUCUACACGCAGAGUGCGCUAAAGGCUCACGAAAGGACACAUUCCGGCGUGAAGCCCUUUAAAUGCGACAAGUGCGACUUUCAGUUUCGGCAGUGGGGUGACCUGAAGUACCACAUCAUCUCACGACACAGCGACGUCAAGGCGCACAUGUGCGAAUUUUGCGGAAAGAGCUUUUCCCGGCGCUACUCCCUGGUUGUCCACCGAAGAAUCCAUACCAGGGAGAAGAACUACGCUUGCCAGUAUUGUGACAAGACCUUCCGGGCCAGCUCCUACUUGCUCAGCCACAUUAAAGUGCACACUGGGGAGCGGCCGUACGAGUGUUCCAUCUGUGAAAAGAAAUUCAGAGUCUCAGGCGAUCUCAAGCGACAUUCACGGAUCCACGAUCCCAGCAGAGCAAGCCAACCGCCUGCGGAAAAAGCAAAAAAGAAGAGGGCAGCCGCGAGCAAUAAGCAAAUGUCAAUCGAAGAGGAUGACGAGGUGGCCACCAACACCCAAAACCAUAAGUCUGACGCCAUGCGCGAGCAAACUGGACAGAAAAUACUGGGCUUAUAGCCAUGCCAAGGUUUCUUCAAAGUAGUAUAAGUCCAAGUCUAUUGUACCCACUUUUGUGCAAGUUCUGUAAAUAACUGAUAUCGUAGUAAGUAUUUAUGCAAGAAGAAAAUCAUGUGUAAGAGCUUCAAGUUUAAGAAUAUUCCACUUCUUGAAUAAAUCUGUACAUUUCUUAAGCAA